AUGUACGACAGGUCUCUGGGCGUGACCAUCUGGGAGCUGUUUGAGUUGGGUAACCAGCCGUACAGACACUACUCCGACAGACAGGUGCUGACCUACGCUGUGAGGGAGCAGCAGCUGAGACUUCCCAAACCGCUGCUCAAAGUCCCGCUGGGCGAGCGCUGGUACGAGGUGAUGCAGUUCUGCUGGCUCCAGCCCGAUCAGAGACCCACUGCAGAGGAAGUCCACUUGCUGCUCAGCUACCUGUGUGCCAAAGGGGCCAGCGAGGCCGAGGAGGACUUCGAGAGGAGAUGGAACUCCCUGCGUCCCAACACCGGGUUCAACAGCCACCGCGGUGCCUCGUCAAUGUCACGAGACCACCCCUCAAACACCUCCUCCUCUUUCCCCCUCCUGGAGCAGUUCUCAGCCGGUGAUGGGUACCACUCCGAGUCUGGGGAUGACGUACUGACGGUCACAGAAACCAGCCACGGCCUCAACUUUGAGUACAAGUGGGAGCAGGCCAGAGCGGAGCAGUCGUACCGAGCCCCGGACCCCUCCAGCACCCUGGGUCCGGUCAGCCAUCACUGUCAGGAAGCAUUUUACCCACCGGGGGGCAUCGUGGGAGGCUGCCCCAUGGAGAGCCUCGGCCAUCGAGUGUCCCCGUCUUACUACCAAUCUAAACAUCUCCACGCUCCGGGCAUACUUCCUGUCCUCAGCGCCCACAGCCCCUCCGUGAGCAGCGAAUACUACAUCCGCAUCGAAGAGCCGGUGGACUGCAACAUGGACCCGGACUACACCAUGUGUUCUUACAGCCCAGACUACCAGGGCAGCAGCGGGAGCUUCCUGACCGGGAGCGCCGACUCAGGCGAGUGCAUGGCGUGUCCGUCACAGGCCAAGAACAUGGGGCCCUAUUGGUCAGCUGACAUCCACAAGACAGAUUUGUACGACUCAAACGACUCCAGUCCGGCCAUCUCUCUGACCAUGGAGCCUCUGUUAGGGCAGGUGCUGGACAACAGUCCCCUGCGCCCCUGGGAGUCCAGUCACUAUGUGUCCUACAAAGACAGAGACGGGGGUUACUACUAUGAGCACUCGCCCACGUUGGGGAUAGAUCACUAUCUGAUUGGAUCAGAGCCCGCCAGUGAGCGCCAUCAGGAGAGCUGGGGGUCGAGGAGCCUGCGUCAAGCAUUGGGCGAGUUGGAGAACCCGCUGGGUAUUUCCCCCGCCGUGAGCAGUGCCCCUCAACAGGCCUACAGAGACACGUACCUGGAAACAAGUCAGACCUCUGUGAUAGGGAAGAACGUGACGGGAGGAUACUACGACAUGAUGGGCUCCCUGAGGAAGACGAUGCCCAACCACAGCCGGCACAACAGCCACUCUGUCAGCAUCAACAUGGAGACAGAGGGAGCGCUCUUCAUCGGGCACAGAGACAGCGACACAGAGGAGGAGGAGGAGGACAUAUUUGUCGAGAGACACACCUGUAACACCUGGCCUUCAAAGCACCGCCACAGCAGCGUGGGUCACCACCGCCGGGCCAGCCACAGCUGCCGACAGGACGCCUACGUGGACUUCCACUACACCAUGCCGAGCACGGACAUCGAAGACUCCUGGCCGGAGGAGCACAGCAUGGCCUUCCACUCUCUCCCCAAACCCAUCGACUAUCUGGAACCCCACCAGGCCAAAGAUAACAGUGCCUGCCUCAGUCUGAGUAAACGUCACGCAAUGUUGCCUUCAGACAACUGCAACGCCUACAUCUACCUGUGCCAUGAGGCCGAGACUCAGGUGCCGGCGCCUGGAGAGUGCUGCCACUCGCACUUUGUCGAUCCACUCACAGGCUUGUUGGUCAGAAACAACACGUACAGCCACAGUUACAGUCACAGCAGCUACAUCAGCGAUAAGGCCACCGACCCCCCGAGCAAUGACGAAAUGAUAGACCUCUCACCGGCUCCGGGGGGCCCCAUUGUGGCCAAACAGACCCUGAUAAAGACUGACGACAGCAGAGAGCCAUAUGUUGAUCUGAUAACCGAUGAUUCGCUCCACAAAGAGAAGAGGGAGGAUGUAAUCAAAGAAAAUCCAAUCAUGCAGAAACCCGCAGAGCCUAAAACAGAAGACGUGACCCUGACGAUGACCGCAAACACUCCGCCUCCUGCUGACAACAUGCAUGUGAUGGUGGCCCUCACAGACCCACAGUCAGAGCUGACUCAAACUGGCGACAGCGGCGUGGACCGAGGAGGCUCCAGUGUGAGCCUCACCGACAUCCUCGACUGCAGCGACGACGAUGACGAGGACGACGACAUCACAGAUGACAUCACUGACGUCACCUCCGGCAUCUUUGCCGACGAGUCCAGCGAACUGAACGCAUCUCCAGCCUUCAAGUCGCUACAGAAGCAGGUAGGAACUCCUGAUUCCAUGGACUCCAUGGAUCUGCCGUCUGCAGCUGGGUCCUGUGAAGGCUUCAGCCCAGCAUCCUCACAUCCCUCCAACUCGCCCAAAGCCAUGGACAGCGGCUACGACACAGAAAACAACGAGAGCCCCGAGUUUGUACCCAAAGAGCCUCAUGAACCUCGUGAACAACCUCUGGGAAAGUCUGCAGUCGAUACGAGUCUGGAAGAGGACAAGGAGCUGCAGGAGGUGCCACCAGAGGGUGAAGCUUCACAGACAGACGACCACAUCCUGCUACCGCUGAGUGAUGAGACUCCGUACAGAGACUCUGCCUACUUCUCAGACUAUGAGAACGAACGGCAGUGUCGGGAUGAAGAUGAUGUUGAAAAGAAGGGCGAGAAAAGGAAGAACGAGGACGAGGAAGACCUAAAUGAAUCUGUGGUGAGCAAGGACAUAAAACUUGAACUGAAUGCAACAGGAACAGCGUCCUCUCCCCCACCAGAGACGUGUCUGACAGAAGAGUUUGGCCAUGAUGAGGUCCUGGGGCCCUCUGACACUGCUUCACUAACAGAGGUCGGCCUGGACGAGUGGCCGUCUCAGGAGGAGAGCUCGUCCUUGGGGGACUGGGCAGCAGAGGUGGUUGGGGCCAUGGAGGAAGCCCUCGGCGCCCUGAAUGGAGAUUGUACCUCAAACGUUGAGGUAGAGGAGGAGGAGGAGGAGGAAGCAGAAGUUUUAGAAACAACGGAGGAGCCAGGAGUCAAGAUGACUCCAAACCGUCCAUCAGGGAUAUCUGGUGAAAUCCUGCACUCUUUACCCAAAGAUGAGGUGGCCUUGCAGCACACGGCAAACACCAGGCGCUUCUCUUCUUCCUCUCCUCCACCUCCGUCCACCCCUCCGCCUUCGCUCCCUGCAGCAGAGGGUCGAGGGUCUCCGGCUGACGGGGAGGAGGCGGACGAGGAGGACGGCGACACUGACGACAGCGACGAGUCGGAUGAGGAGCUGCGGACCUACAACAUUCAGGAGCAGAGCGGAGGGGAGGACAGCGAGGACGAGUGCCACCCAGUGCCGAUCGUGGUGAGUGACGACAGCGAAGCCCACAAACUGCGAAGCCUCCUGAAGAUGCCGACGCUGCUGACGGCGGAGAACCUGGAGGAGGAGCUGGAACGCAAGAAGAAGACGGUGUCGUUUUUUGAUGACGUCACCGUGUAUCUGUUUGAUCAGGAAAGUCCCACCAAGGAGUUGGCUGAGCAUGGCUUCAAUUUAGGAGCAGAGGGUCAGAGGUCACGGAGCAAAUCCCAGGAGAGGCUCAACGCCUCUGACGAUUCUUCAGAUGGGAACAUCUCUGAGGAGAGUGCAGGGUAUGAGUGGGAGGACGACUUCCCCCUGCUCCCUCUGCCAACAGUGGCAUCGGACUCCCCUCCGCCCCCCCGCUCCGUACCCAAAGCUCCGGAGCCCAAACCAGCCGUACAGUUCUCCCGCUUCACCGUCUCCCCCUCCAACGUGUCCCGCUUCUCCAUCACUCACAUCUCUGACUCGGACAUGGACUCCGCAGGAGGGAGCAGUGAGGACGGGGACAAAGAGUAAUGAGGUGAGGAGAUUUAUUGCCUCUCUGAGACAAACACUCGGCCUGCUCGCAUGACUUCUAAUUUAUUUUUUAACGUCAGGUUUUAGAAACACAAGACAGUGCCUCUUACCGCCGUGGACACUUUUGAAAGGUCCAUCUUACUGAAGAGAGAGAGAAUGGUUAAUAGUUCAAAUUUACAGAAAAUUAAUAUAUACCGUACGCACGGUGUAAAGAAUCUAUGGACACAGGGGAAACGUGUAUUUUUGGGAUCACAGAGACACAAAGGAAGGACAGAUCUUUGGACAGCAUCAUAUUUGCCACCUCGUUCACUUCUUUAUUUGUGAUGGGAAGCACUGAUGAGCGUGGGGAACCACCUGGACGUACAGGAACAGGACAGGUAAACUUUUUGGCUUUUUAACAAAGGAUCAGCACUUUGAACAGGACAAUACAGCUCCACAGACUUUGUACUUUUUAGGAAACUGCUUUACUUGUCUUAAUAAAUAUUGACGAGAAUCCUUGAGGUAUCACAAGUAAUAUAAUAUUUGGUCCGUUCGGAGACAAAGGAUACGCUGGUGAGACAGGAAGCAAGGGGACUUUGAAAUGCUUUUUGAGGAAACAGCUGAUGGAGCCUGGACAAUGUGAUAUUUUGUGACUCUAUUUAUUUAUUUUGUAUCAGGACCACUUCUUCACUGUUUUACAUGAAUCUGUGGCUCAUUCUCUCGACCAAACAGUGUGGCAGCACCGCCAUCACAGCCGACCGCACAGCGCUGUCCCCGUAGUGACAGGAAGUGAAGGAUUUAAAUCUCAUUCAAGGUUUAACAGGUUUUUCAAAUAUAGCAAUGCAUGGUUUCAAGUAUCUAGAAAACAGUAUCUUUAAGAAUUUAUUGCUUGUAGACAGACAGGUUUUCGUUUUGGCGUGGAGAUGGGCGCACAUGGUCACCUAAAUCCAUCUUCAUGUUUCCUGUUACUGCCAAAACAAACUGGCAGCUCGAGGACACAUGAUGAUACAUAAAGAAGCAAAUUCUCUACAAAUUUACGCAGACAACAGGGCCGGGCGAUAUGGAUGAAAUCCACAUCAAAGUGUCUGUAAUAUUAUAUUGUGAUGAUGGUAUGCGUCUUCAUAUAGUACUUUGAAACCGUUAAAGGUCCAGUGUGCAGGAUUUAGGGCAGCGAUACCCAACUUACAGCUCACAGACCAAAUCCGACCCCCCAUAGGGCCCCUGGUGGCCCCCCAAUAAUUUUCUAAUUCACAAUAAAAAUAAAGUGAUUCACACUGUGAAUUGUUUUG